AUGGCCGAAAAGGAUAUCGCUAAUCUAAUUAGUAAAAGUUCAGAAAGCAGCAACCACGAGCCCUACUGGAGUCAGCUGGAGAAGGAAAUUCUUCACGAAGAAGUAAUUUCAAGAAUUGAAAUAAUUGAAGGGAAAUUCAAAGGCUCCCAGAGUGGGAAAUACGAAAAGGAAAACGCGUGGCAAGAGGUGACUGCCACAGUGAAUGCGAAAGGGGCAUGCAAGAAGAGGACCAUUAAACAGGCUAAGAAGCAAUGGUCAAAUAUGAAGCAGCGAGCAAAGAAAAUCAACAGUAGCGGAAAAUAUCCCUCGACAGGUGGAGGUCCAAAGCCCCCAUCUCCUUCCCCCAUUGAUGAGGCCAUGCUGGCAUUUCUAUCUGGAAAGCCAUCUUUAGAAGGAGUGGAAGGGGGGAUGGAGACAAGUAGAAUUAAUGGUAGAAUGUCUGCAAUAAUUGUAGAGGAAACGACAACUGCAGAGAAGGAAGGACCAUCAAUGAAUGCAGAGCAGUCAAGACCAUCCACUUCCAAUGCCUCAGGGUGUUGUCCCCGACCUGUAGAGAUGAACACACCCUCUGUAAAAAAAACGCCAUUCAAGAGAAAUUGA